GAACACCACCAGUCGGCGGUCGGUCGACGAUGAUGAUCACGAACAUAGUCAAACGUCAAACUAACCUCAUUCGUCGGAAGAUUAAUAAUGCUAACGUGAAACAAAAGGAUAAAAACUGUAAGCAUUAAUGCUCGCACUGAAUUAAAAUGAUCAUCGACACGAAACAACGACGUCUACGUUGCUAAAACCUGCAGCCCUAGGUGAAUUGAAACAAAAAUAUCCACCAUGGAUCAUAAAGGAAUUGGUGAUCAUUCUUAUUAUCAAGAAGAAACGACAAUUUUUUUCCCAAGACUCGUGCGGAAAUCGAAUGAUGGGUAUCGACGUACUUGGAUCAUAAUUUCAAGUGCGUUACUCUUGACGUUCAUCAUUUUCACGGGUAAAUUCUUAAGAAUCGGCGAUUCCGGUGAAAAUAAAGUGUACGACUCGUUAGUUUUGGACGAUGUGAGUGCAUUGCCAACCAAAAUUCUAGAUGUCGAUCUUCCAAAAGCAUCUAACACAAACACUUCUUGCUCGUUCUUUGACUGCUUUAAUGUUUAUAAAUGCGGUUCUCGUGGAAACAAGUUGCAGGUUUAUGUUUAUCCGCUAAGAACAUUUUUGGAUUCCUCAGGAAAGUCUGUUGCAGGACAAAUGUCGAGACAGUUUUAUGAGAUUUUGCAUGCGAUUGUUUCCAGCAAAUUUUACACAUCGAAUCCUCUGGAAGCUUGUAUAUUUGUUCCUUCAAUCGAUAUGCUCAAUCAAAACAAGCUGAAGCUGCAUCAAGUGUCGCAGGCCCUGAAUAGUCUUGAAUUUUGGAAUAACGGUGAAAAUCACUUGAUCUUCAACAUGAUUCCUGGAAGCGUUCCGGAAUAUCAUACCGUCAUCGAAGCAUCCCUUGGCAAAGCAAUGAUCGCAGGAGCUGGAUCUUCUUCACUGACGCACAGAACUGGAUUCGACAUAAGUAUACCAGUUUAUAGCUCUCUGAUGAUGGAUUCAAGAAAAAGCACAUUCCACUCUCGGACAUGGUUGGUCGUAUUGUCACAAAUAAAUAUCAACGAGGCAUUCGAGCACGAUUUCAUAGAACUUCAAGCAACCCAUCCGAACGAUGUUCUAUUAGUCGGGCCCUGUCUCCAGUACAACCCAAUGAAUAAUAGUAUUCGCUGUUCCGGGCAGAACGUUUACAAAUACACAGAUAUAUUGCAAUCGGCAACAUUUUGUUUAGUUGUGCGCGGAGCUCGACUGGGUCAAAGUAUUCUAUUGGAAGCAAUGGCUGCUGGCUGUAUCCCGGUGGUAAUUGCAGAUUCUCUUGUGAUGCCAUUUUCCGGCUUCAUCGAUUGGGUGCGAGCAGCAGUGUUCAUUCCGGAAACUCAGAUUCUAACAAUAGUGCAGACACUCAAGAAAAUAUCACAGAAACGAGUGAUAGAAAUGCAAAAAAACUGUUUAUGGCUGUGGGAGAAAUACUUUCGAUCGAUGGAGAAAAUUACAAUGAUGACGCUUGAGGUCAUAGAGGAUCGAGUGUUUCCACAUCUUUCGAGGGAUUAUACUUAUUGGAAUCCGCAGCUUGAAUCCAAUCAUAUAUCACCGCUUUUUGUGCCUGUUACUGCUCCGAAGAUCCGUGGUUUUACCGCUGUUAUUUUGACAUACGACAGACUGGAUUUGCUCUUUUCUCUCAUCGGCCAAUUAGCCAAAGUACCGAGUUUGUCCAAAAUUCUAAUAAUUUGGAAUAAUCAACACAAAGAUCCGCCCCAUCCCUCCAAGUGGCCAAAGGUCACGAAGCCUCUGAAAGUUAUCCAGACGAAGGAAAACAAGCUGUCAAACCGAUUUUACCCGUACGAUGAAAUCGAAACGGAAGCUAUUUUGUCUUUGGACGACGACAUCGUCAUGUUGACCGUCGAUGAACUCGAAUUCGCUUACGAAGUUUGGAGAGAAUUUCCAGACCGAAUAGUUGGCUUCCCGUCGCGCACUCAUACUUUGGAUAACAAAACUAAUUACUGGAAGUAUGAGAGCGAAUGGACGAAUCGAAUAUCCAUGGUUCUUACCGGAGCUGCCUUUCAUCAUAAAUUUUGGACGUACAUGUACACGACCGCAAUGCCUGGUGACAUAAAAUCGUGGGUCGACGACCACAUGAAUUGCGAAGAUAUAGCUAUGAAUUUUUUGAUCGCUAAUAUUACAGGAAAAGCUCCGAUAAAGGUGACUCCGAAGAAAAAAUUCCGUUGUCCGGAAUGUACCAAUACUGAGAUGCUUUCAGCGGAUUUAACGCACAUGGUGGAGCGCACGCAGUGUAUCAAUCGCUUUUCUGACAUUUAUGGCACUAUGCCGCUGCGAUCAGUCGAAUUCCGUGCAGAUCCGGUACUCUUCAAGGAUCACUUUCCUGACAAACUUAAAAGAUUCAAGGAAAUAGGGAGUCUUUAAACUGUUUUUUCGUAUUAUUGGGUCUAAAUAAUUUCAGGUUUAUGUUCACCAAAUUGGCUCGGUUUUUCGUUUCACCUCAGUCGAUCUCGAUGUAAUUCGAGGAUUUUUAACCCUAGAACGCAUGACUGGGGUGGGGUGUGAGCACACCCCACGCGAACUUCAAACUACGCUCCCGUCCUAACAAGCGACAUUAUCGACUGAUUAUCGACGGAUUUUUUUAUAUAUAAAUUC